AUGCAGCUCCUGUCACUCCCACAGGAACUCAUCUUUCUCAUUGCUGACCAGUCAAGACCGGCAGAUGUUCUGCACCUCAGUCAAGCCAAUCGAUUCCUGUGCAACAUACUCCUGCGUUAUCUCCGCAAGCGAGACGUCAACUCUACCGGUGGAAUGGCUCUGUCCUUCUACUCAUACUGGGGAUAUGAAGCGCAAGUGAAGGAGAUGCUUGAUGCGGGCGCUCAAGUCGACAUCCAGAACCCGCGUUGGCGGGAUAGUACCCCUCUUGUUCUCGCCAUCAGUCGCCACCAUGUAUCGGUUGCUCAACUCCUCCUUGCGAGGGGAGCUAAUGUCAAUUUCUUCCAUCUCCAAGCCUAUGGCAGAACACCUUUGGAAACGGCCAUCCUCUGCACGCCCCUCGAUGACCUGUCCAUGAUUGAACUCUUGCUGGACCGCGGAGCCGAUAUCAAUUUCAAAGGAUAUAAAUCGCGCACUCCUUUAUUUACAGCCGUCAUGCCGUUGAUUUGGGGCCAGGAAGAUCUUAAUAACCCCGACCAAGUAGAUGCCAGCUGCAGUAUGAUCAGAUUUCUCAUUGAUCGCGGGGCUGAUGUCAAUGCACAGGACUCCGAGGGGCGGACCCCUAUAGCUCUAAAUCUACAUGGAAACCAGCAACGGCGGCAGUGCUUAAUCGAGGGAGGCGCUUGGGAAGAGAGAGAAUUGCAUUAG